ACGCAUGUUUGCCAAGUGACCAAUGUAUCACCAGGAGCAACGGUAGAACAGUUGAACACUCUCUUUGGGUUUUUGGGUGAAAUUGAAGAAUUGAAGCUGUUUCCUUCGGAGACACAAGCGGCAGCGGUUACCUCAAAAGUUUGCUUUGUCAAGUAUAAAGAUUGUCACAGUGUUCAAGUAGCCAGGCAUUUAAGCAACUCAGUCUUCAUUGACCGUGCUCUGAUAGUGAUACCAGCAAGCGAUGGU